CUGAAUAGUUUGGCAACAUCCUUCCUAUAUAGGCCAAAAUGUUGUCUUACAUGUUUUUGUUUCCACCAAGGUUCACCAAGAACCUGUCCCCGGACAAGAUCAACCUGAGCACACUGAAGGGGGAGGGGCACUUGUCCAACCUGGAGCUGGAUGAAGAGGUUCUUCAGAACAUGCUGGACCUGCCGACCUGGUUGGCCGUCACACGGGUCUACUGCAAUAAGGCCGCCAUUAGGAUACAAUGGACAAAGUUGAAAACAAGUCCCAUCUGCCUGUUCCUGGACAAAGUUGAGGUUGAGAUGAGGACAUGUGAGGAGCCCCGUCCACCUAAUGGCCCCUCUCCUAUUGCCAUAACAGCAGGACAGAGCGAGUACGGCUUUGCGGAGAAAGUGGUGGAGGGCAUGUCUGUCCGGAUCAACUCCAUUACCAUCAAGGUUCAGGCUCGUGCCUUCCACGCCUCCUUUGAGCUGUGGCAGCUGCAGGGCAACAGCCUCAACCCCAAGUGGCAGCGCAGUGACCUUCGCUACACCCGCGUCACUGACCCCAAGAGAGGAGAGGUGUUGACAUUUAAAGAAAUUAACUGGCAAACGCUGCGAAUCGAGGCAGACGCCAUUGAGAGUGACGACCAGGACCUCGGCAGCACUCCAUUACGUCUCAUCACCAACCAGGGGCGCAUUCGCAUCGCUCUAAAACGCAGAAUAAAGGACUGUAACGUGCUGGCGUCCAAGCUGCUUUUCAUUCUGGACGACCUGUUGUGGGUACUGACAGACUCUCAGCUCAAAGCCAUCAUUCAUUACGCCAAAUCUCUGAGCGAGGCCAUGGAGAAGUCAGCCCAGCAGAGGAAGAGCAUGACUGCUGAAUCCUUACAGACCGCCCCUCCCUCGCCUGUGAUCCACAGCCUCUGGACUGAGCCCCCGCCUUCCUCCACCAGCACCCCCAACACCAUCAGUCAGUACUUUGAUCUUUACGAUGUCAAGGAGUCGUCCUACCACACCUUCAUAUCACGCUUGGACUUACACAUAUGCAAUGACAGUUCUUCAGUGGAUGAAGAUGAGCCUCCCCCGCCGGGCCUGCAGGGUGCAAUGCAGCUAACCUUUAGGAAGCUGGGCUUUGACUACUAUCCCAUUCACAGACCUGCUGACGGGUGCCGACACUGGGAACGCUACAGCGGAGCCAUGGAGGCGCAGGCUCAGUGGGCGGGAAAACUGCUGCAGGAAUACCAGAGAAGGGCCGAGGCCUGCGGUUUUCCAGGGCCGAACUCUGAGGGGUCGGCCAAAGAUUCUCCUGCAAAGACUACCAAGGAUGGACAGACUAGCCCCAAGACGAACCCGUCUGACAAAGAGCAGGCGGCCAGCAGGACCUCAAUAACCGCUUCUUUAAAUUCAAUCCUGAAGAGGCUGCGAUCUAGCUGCGUGGUGAUCAGGAUGGAUGAUGUGGACAUUCACCAGGUGUCUACAAGGGGCCGUCACAACAAGAAGACUCAUUCUUUAAUAUCCUGCAACCGGAAAGCUCUGCGUCUGCCAGACAACGUCCCAGCAGUUCACCUGCAGUUCACAGAGUAUUACUUCCCUGACAACUCCAAUUUACCAGUCCCCACUUCAAAUCUGUAUGUCCAGUUGAACAGCCUGCAGCUGUGUGUGGAUGCAGCCAGCUUGCUGUGGAUCAAUCUGUUCUCCAGGGGUCUUCUACAGACCCUGGACCAGGUCAAAGCAUUCUACCAUUUGCAAGACAGUAAAAAGGCUGAAGAGCACGUAGACAUCCGCGUGGACGCAGCUCACGUUAAGCUGAUUAUACCUCUGGAUUCUUCAAUCCUGGACCAUCCCGAACGCCCACAGUCGCUCUCCGUUAUUGUCCCCCAGAUGGUUUUCAGCAACACUCGCAACUGCCCUCACGGCUCCUCCGCUGACCUCAGCAGCACAUGUGAAAAAUUUACCAGCUGCCCUUUCUUCCAGUCGACGCCAACUUGUCCUUACCCCAGAGAACCGAGUGCCUUCCACCCCGUUCCUUCCACUUUCCUUCGGCACGCUCAAGAAACCGAGCCGCAGCCUCUGGACAGGAAGCACCUGCGAUCCCAGGAUAUCUGGUCUCUCAGUCUGUCCCGCGUUACGCUGGGUUUCGACGGAGCUCGGCGAUUCCCUAAAGGCAAAACCCAACCGUUUGUUGAGCCGUUCGCCAUGUCGGUGUGGAUGUGCCAGCCGUCUGGCUUUAAGAGUGAAUCGUGGUCUUCCCCAUCUGGUCCUCAGCAGGAUGAUGCCUCCUUUGCUUCUAUCCACUUCCUGGCACACAGCAUCACCCCACUAAAGGUGUGGCUCAAUCACUACCAGUACGUUGCCCUGCUGAGGAUGAAGGAUGCCAUGGUUCGACUGGGGGCAGAGUUGAGCCGGGAUGUGCAAGGUGACAGACAAACUCCCGGCCGGAAAUCCAAACCACCCACGGUUUGUCUUGCUCUUCUGGUGGACGCAGUGGAAGUGGGUCUGCUGUUGCCCCCCGCCACCGCUGCCCCAGAGGAAGAGCUUCCCCAGACUCCAGAAACAGACAGCCCCAGCAUGACAGACUCCGACAUUUCCCCGACUCAUCACCCCGACGACGGCAUCCUGGAGGACGGUGGUUUGGAAAACGGCAUCUCCUCCGUCAGCGUGGCCGAUCAGGAGGACCAAGAUGGCGUGGUGGAGCAGGCUUACGAGGCCGUAGAGGAGGAGCAGGAGGAUGCGGAGGAGAACCGACUGGCGACGGAGGAGACGUCCGGUCUCUCGCCUCCUCUCUCACCCGGACCCUCCCCAGUGAUUUCUCGCGAAUCGUCCACCUUCAGCCUGGAGGGGGAGCUGACUAGUGCAAUCAGCGUCACCAAGGACGCCACCAAAGACGCCAUCAGUGCCUCGCUGGAUCUAACCAAAGGGGCUUUCUCCAUAACGAAAGACGCCUUCAGCAUGCUGAGCCGAGGCUCAGGCAUGAGUAAACUGUUCAGUGCUCAGCCCAGGGAACUGAAUCCGCGUUCAGAAGACUCCUCCCCUAAUCCGCACCACCAAGCCUUGAAGCAUUCGCACUCCCAGCAGUCCUUUGACAGUGCCAUCUUGGAAGGGAGCCUCCCUGAUGAAAACCUGUCUAUUGAUAGUGAUUUCAGUGACAAUUUUGUUGUUCUCAUGGACUCGGAGUCCGGUGUGGAGUCUUUGCGGCCGAACAACACACCUGCAGGCAGCCGUGGAAGCCCCGCCCCGGGGACGGAGGGGGGAUCGUCAGCUGAUCUCAGCAGUUCUCUCUCUCAAAGCACUGAUGACGUCUCUCAGGACUUGUCCUCAGUGUUGCUUCUGAUCCUGAGUGGGACAGCGUGUACCGUGGAGGUACAGGGAGAAGACCAAGUAGUUGCUGUCCAAGCACAGAAUUUAACCCCAGUGCAGCUGGGAAACGUCCGACAAUCAGACGUCCUGGCUGGUCUCGUACAAGCUGCAGGUGAAUCGUCUCAGAGGCAGGACAGGCAGGGUUGCAGGAACUCUCCGGCGUUCUUGUUGCGGGCGGAAAUGGGCCCGUCUGCGGCUCAGCGCUCUGCUCUGGAUGAGUCUCUGGGCUUUCUGGAUGUGAGACUUCAGGACUGCCAGGCAGAGUUUCUAGCCUCGACAGUAACCAACAUCGGCCCUUUCCUUGAAGACGAGUUCAGUGUAGACGGUCAGCCAAUAAGAUUACACUUGUCCAACGUCACUGUAAUAUUGAAGGACGAUGGUCCCAAAAUCUACCCCACCGCUCCCCAACCUGUCCCUGCCAAAUUCAUAAUAGAUCAGCUGCUGCUCCAGCGAAGCGACGAUGGAAUUAUGAGAAUCAAAGCUGAGGGUGCAAACACUAAACCCUUAGCAGGUGUUCCUGCUGCCGGGUUUGACACUUUUAAUGGCGCCGACUCUGUCCAACAGCAAAUUAAGAGUCGAACACUGGAGAGCCAACUCUGGGACACUCAGGCUGCCCUCAAACAGGCCCUCACUGAAAGAAAGAGGCUCCUCCUGGAAGUAAGGAAGUACGACCCCACCUUUACGCUCUGAUCCUCUGUAGACGCUGACCUCUAACCUCUGGGGCUGCUGCAGAACGGCGACUGGAUGUCUCAGACUUGAUGCUGAGAAUAGAGCAGAGCUCAAUUAAAUCACCUCUAAAGAUAAAUCCAGGAAACCGGGGCGGUGGAUCCAAACCAUGGCUUCAUAUCACCUCCAGCUGGCUCACACAGUCCAGGAGGUUAUAAACAAAAACCCCCAGAAGCUGUUACUAGAAAACCAGGGCCUGCUGAGUUCAUUUUUAGGUACACAAUGGUUCUUUUUUAUUUCUGGCAGUUUAGAUAUUCAUUCCUGAUACACUUAAUAGAUUUGCUCUGGUUUUUAUCUUAAACAAAUCAGGGUGGUGGGAAGUCGUCGUGUGGUUUUAGUGUGAAACAAAGCAUGCAACAUGAUCAAGCUUUAAAUUUUUCCACUUGUUAUCGUGUGCUAUGGAAUUGUUGCACAGACACUGCCAGACAGCUGCUAGUCCAUCAGUCCCUUCUCUUACACUGCAUGCUUAGUUAGCAGUGCUAAUUCAAUAAUAAUAAUAAAAAAAAAUGUAGCACAUUUUUUUAUUGACAGUUUUAGUGCUGGAAUUGUGUCGUUAAGUUUUGUUUGGUGUAAAAUAGGAAAAAAAAAAACAUGCUUCAUUUUGUUUUGAACAGUUUUGUGAAAGGUAGGUGAAAAAAAUGCACUUUAUUUCUAAAGCAAGCUUCCACUUCUUUCAUGGGAAGUUUAAAGCAUGUCAGUUUCCACCUUUUUCUCGGUGUAUCACCAGGUGGGAAAGGUACACACUCAUAUCAAGCUCUCUUUGUUCUCACAGAGCAGGUUGGAUUAUUUCCCAGUGUUAUUUUAUUUUAUUUAAAGUAUUUCUUUUAUACUGUGAUGACUAAUGUCCUCUGAGGGUGAACAUCUACUGAAGACAGCAUGCCUUACAGUCUGUCCCUUCCUCACAUUUGGAGAAAAUUGUUCACAGAGUUUAAUCAUCUGCUCUGGAGAGGUUUGUGAUUGUGUCUCCUUAACAUAACUUUGUAGCUUGCCAGGAAACAACUGAUGAAACAUGUGCUACGUUGGUGGACUUAGAUGUAUUUGUGUUAUUUUACUUGACUAUAUUUAUCUUUCAUUUUUUAGUGUUUUUUUUUUAAUCUCUUAUUUCAAAACAAUAUUUUAAUAAGUGGUACUGAUGACGCGAUAGAUUAAAUAACUGGAAUAGUUGCUCUUUUGAUCUGGAUUUGUUGCCAAUAUUAUUUCCUGCAGAAAAUCUUGUACAAGAAUGAAUUUGAAAGUGGAUAGAUUUAGGAAAAAGAAGCCAACAUUUGCUGUUUUGUUGAAUCAGGGAUUUUGUUUUAGUAAAAGUCCUAUUUUUUAUUUUUAUUUUUUUUAAUCUUUUGGCUCUAAUUGUAAGGAUACCUGGGAGACCUCUGGUGGCAGAAACGUGUCACUGUAGUUUCCGUUUCAAAUAUUCUAGCCAAGUUACUGAAAGUUGCAUCUCUCAACACAGUAGAAUAUUAUUUAAAACUUUAUUUCAGCAAUCCACUUUAGAAAGUGAAAAAAACAUCUAAAGAGAGAGAGGAACAAAAUACUCCAAAAUGUCAUAAUAGACAGCUGCUCUUUGGGUUUAAUUAAAAACCCAAAGACACACUGACAAAAUUUAAAUUUAAGCAGGUUGGAUUCCAUAUGACAUAGAAACAAGUAUUUUCAUCUGAAAAAAGAACCUUGGAUCAGUCGUACGAUAUUUUUGCUUCGUCAAAAUCAACAGAAACAUACUCAUGAUAUAUCUUUCUCCUGAUAUAUCUGUGACUCAGUUUUUGAACUGAGUUACUGAAAUAAAGGAACUUUUCAGUGAUAUUUUAAGAUUCAGCAGUACAGCAGACAGAUCUGAUUCUCUAAUGACUAAACAAUAGAAAGACACUAGUUUUACAUGAAACCCGUCAAAGAAAGGAAAUGCUACAUGUUUUUCAACGUGUAUUUUUUUCAGAUGGCUAUGUAUCAGAAAGUUGUAUUCUACACUCAGCUGCAUGCAGACUCCAGAAUAAUCCUCAAUAUAUUGGUGUACUAAAGCAGAUAUACUGCCCGUUUACCUCAAUACACGUAGUCUUUUUCUAUUACCGUUUGCCGUUUUAGUUUCUGCAUG